AUGGGUUAUCGUUGUGUUCGAUUUCGCAGACAGCAAGUCAAGGUCAAUCUUUGUGCCGUAAGCUCAACCACGUACUUCGUUUGAAAGUCAGUCACGUACUCCCUUUUGGCUAGGUGGGGUAUCUAAGUUUUGACUCCAACUCUUCAAGUUAUUUGUAAUAUUUCCUACUACUACUUCGAUUUGCCAGGACACCCUUAGACAAUGCAUCUAGGCUUCACUCGGGGUUUCCCCCACCCCUUCGAAAUAGUUGAAAUCUUCUCGGACAGCCUUCACCUUGAGCAACCAUGGCAUGGGUGCUGAGAGCUUUGUUUAUUUGCUCACGGUUGCUUUGAUUUUUUUUUGUUUGUUUGGCGGUUUUUUUUUUCUUUCAAAUUACGGCGUCACACAGUUCUGGUUGUCUGCGAACAAGUCCCAGGGCCGGGGCAUACUCCGGAUCCAAAAAAAUCGCCAGGGCUUCCAUCAAAAUCCAAAAAUACCCUGGACCAAAAAUUAUUUCACUAAAAAUUUGAUUGAGCAUACGGCACAAAUUAUUUUACUGCUGUUAAAUCCCGGGGGGGGGUACUCCCUUACAAGAGGCUAUAAUAGGGAUGUGCCGCAGGAUGGGGUCGCAUUUUCACGACUGGAGUGACUAUAAUGGGGUCGCAUUUUCAAUAGAUUUACUAGAAUGGGGUCGCAAAUUUUCGGAUUUUGGGGGUAAGUAGUGAUUCAAAAUGGGAAGAUUCUCGGUUAAAAAAUCGGAAAGUAGUUGUUUAUUAAAUUUAACAAUAAGCUCGCAUUGACCGCAGUUACAUUCCGCCGCUUGAAACCACAUUGAUAAGGUAGAUGCAUAAAUAUAAAGUGACUAAGUUGGGACAUCGGCUCCUGAAGUUGGGAUCGCGAAAAUUACAUUUUUCAAAAAGUGACUAAGAUGGAGUCUAUAACUGGCCAAAAAAUAGACUAUAAUGGGGUAGGGGCUCUGAGAGGCCAGCGGCACAAACUCAGCAAACAUUCACCCAAGUACCCCCCGGGUUGUUAAAUAAUCAUCUAUUACUUUAGCCUCUCUUCGGUAGGGGGGGGGGGGGCGGAAGCUGCCUUUUUCCCUCUGUACUCCACCUUUUUUUAUACACGGGCCAUUCUUAGCCGGUCCAUUGACACCAGAAAAUGCAACAGUGCGAAAACGCGUUUUUAUAAUUUGGUUUUAAAUACUGAAUCCCUUAUGUUAAGAGAUACAUAGUCUAAGAUAGAUAUCCUUUUUAUUAAAAACAAAAAUGACGCAUUCGUAUUACACUCUUCAAGAAGAGCAUCUGCACACGGCGAAAACUAUCCUCUUUUUUAAGCUUGUUUUGUUGAUACCUGAACUGGUUUAGGUUCUUUAAAUGAAUAAAUCCAAUUUAAAGGAUCAUAGUACCAAAAAGCAUAGCCUAUUUAAAGAUCAUGGAGCACCUCAAAAACAAUACGCUAUCCCACGCCAAAUCCCCCGCCAAAUUCCAGGGAAGAAGGGCACUGAACGCAAGUUUGGGUAGCCCCUUUGCCGUUGAGGCCAUGAAGCCCUGAUUCUAUUUAAGACAAAAAUUGUCCCUUUCGCCGCCAUUGACAUUAUGUAGCUUAACUUACCUAUUAAAAGCAAUUCUUUUCCCGAGGGAGCCCGAAGGGAGAUAUGCAGUGUAGUGAACUUUUUAUAAUUAGCGGCCGUCGUUUGACCCUAGUGUUAUAUGAUAGCAUAAGGAUUCGAUGAUGUUUACAACAAAACCUUCGUCUGUGGGUAAUCAAAUCCUGGGCCUGCUGAUUCUCACUAUUAAAGUACACUUCAGUGACUCGCGUUUCCCCUUGUAGCUUACAUAACUUCAUGAUGGCUUCAUGGUGGACCUUUAGCUUCCGUCGACCAGCCAAUCAACGGCUCCAAACUUCACUUCACAGUUAGCCCUUAGACAGUGGAGACGUCAAUUUGUUUGUUUUAGAGGGAAUUCGAAUUAAUCUAACUCAAGUAUGGGGCUCUAUAUAUUCCCCCCGAGGAAUGACCCCACAUGAAAAUGACGGGGAUGCUCUCCGUUCAGAGGAAAUUCAGUAGUUUUACCCGUAAGGUUCCCUAGGAAUAUUUUCCCGCGCUUUUUAUCAGCAGAAUCAACCUUUUAAUUCAGUUUCAGCGGUAAUUACACAACCUCCAUGCGCCGUCAGCAUGUGGGUGUGCACGUGCAUAUAGAACGUGCAUGUGAAGUGCAAGUACACUGAGGCAGCUGUCAGGAUACCGCAAUGUUUCCGUUGUAUUGAAGACAGACUCUUCCCCAACUUCGAGUUGUAGAUUUUUAUUCCCUUCGGUAACAGUAUGAAAGUCCCGAAACAGUUUAAAUAAGUUUCUUUAGUUUAAAGAUUUUACACCUGUUUUAAUAAAAGCAAGGCAUGAAUGAAAACAGGGAGGAUUGUGCCCUGCGAGUAGAGGUUUCUUUACAAACAACUACGUGACUGACAAGCCACGCGAACGACUUCGGAAAUGCUAAAAGGCGUGCAAGAGAGAAUCCUCAGCGCGUAGGGAAGGAGGAUUGGCUUUCUAAAAAAUCGAUAUCUAUUACAUUAUAUUACAUUAUGUUACAUACCAUUUUUUCUCUGUCGGUUUGAAAAAUCGUUUCCGGCAUGUCGAAAAAAUCAACCGCAAAAGUCUGAUCAGGUUAUCCGCGAAACAUGUCAGUUUUAAUUUUUGCUGAAGUUGUCUUCAACGUAUCAUAUCAACGCAUAGCCGACCUAAUUUACACCUCAUUGUUUCGUCGAAGAAUUGGAAAGUUUCCAUUUUUGUCGCAUUUUUGCAUUUUUUGUCCUCGCUCUCUUGUGUUAAGUAAUUUUAUUGUAAAGCGGCGUCGAGUCAAUCAGAUCUAAAUUUAUAUGAUUUAUACAUGGCUGUUCUACUUUUGGUAUAAAGAAGCUCAAGAUCACAAGCAGAUUUCUUGAACAUCGCUUAAAAAUAAGCUUAUCUGAGGGAAGCAAAAUAUCCGGCUUUAAAAAGUAGACAUCGUAGAUAUCGCAAAGGGCUGCUACAGUUUUGAUGUCCAAGCCCAGGGGGUUCUCAACAAAGUUUAAUGCGGGGAGGCUCCGCCCGAGGCCCAACCCCUAAUAUAACCUUUUAUAUGGCAUUUUUAGAUAGAAAAGGUACCCCUUUCGUAUGCCGUCUAUUGACAAAUGAGAACCUUUUCACAUACGUAGUUUAGAACUUUGUACCCCUUUUAACUGCUGUAAAUGCACUAGCCUGUGUGGCAGGCGCAAAAAGUAGACGAGGAGAAAACCCAGGAGAGAUAUGGACAGUCGACCGAUACUCGGCCGACACGUCGACCGACAUAUCGGCCAAUAGUGCCGACCGAUACUCGAUCGAGGGGUGCACAAAUUACGCAAGAUCCGGGAAAUGGGCAAGCUUUAAACGCACCGUCUUUGUAACAUGAAUUAACCACUUAGCCAUGGAGUUUUAUUGUCUCUUUCCUAUCCAUAAAAUUCAUCGGUUAGCCCUUUUUUGGUCCCCUUUAUUUAUCGAAAUGAAAAUUGGAUUUUCCUACCCUUGCUUACACUCUAACUAAAGAAAUUUCUUCCCUUUCAUAUACCUGAAGCCCAAAAAAGAAACCCGUUUUGGGUGGAGCCUCCCUGUAAAGGCCAUUAUAGAGAAUCCUCCCCCCCCCCGGAAUGUGAAGUAGGCAAAAUAUCCGGCUUUAAAAAAGUAGAUAUGGUGGAUAUCGCAUAGGCUCUUGCGGUUUUGGCAGCCAAGUUAGCGAAUCCAGCUUUGCUGCGAGUUUAUAAUUAUGUGGUAGAAGUAACGUCACUAUCGUAACACGCUUGGAACAUUUCGUUGAAAAUCUUCAAAAAAAUUCCGGAACAAGUGCAGAGAAGAACGGAAUGAUAUAUACACUCGUCAAACACCUAGUUCUGAUAGUUUAAAUAUAUCUGUGGUUUGAAACUUAAACCUGCCUUUGGUCAGUCUUGUUUAACCUUUAACCUAAGUAGGUAAAACAAAAGCAUUGUUUUUCACUUUGGAAUUGAAUAACAUAAUAGUAAGUCAAUCGGAGAACUCCUUUAGCUCCAGUUAUUACAUACCUGUACCCAUCCCGGACGGUUUCCUCAUUUGAAAGUAGCGCUGGUAUGUAUGUUUUGCAAUAUUUAUUUAUUGCAUUUUUUUGCAUUUUUAUGGAUGUUAGCAAAGUUAGUGUUGACAUGCGCGCAUGCAGUGUCGAAAUAGCGAAGCUGCAAGCGCGCGCAAUUUAGAAUGUUUGAAUACAGUUCACCUCUCUGAUUACUUAGACGAUAGUCGCUACGGUGCUUUCGUCUGGAAAAGUUUAUUGAAAGUUUGUUUGUGUUCUCACUACUACUAGUACCGUUAAUGUGCGCUGGCUUCAUAUAUACAGAUGAAUUCAGAAUGUAUGUUGAUAUCAAAUCAGUCAAAAUUUGGGGAUUUCCUGUGCAGCUAUAAGGGAGGAAUAUGAGUGUACGCUAUCAUCAUCUGUAAUGACUUUUCUAAUUACGUAACAUAUAACAGAACUGAAGUCAGAAGGAAUUUAGAACCGGGCAGAUGUCACUCAACAUAGGUGUCCUAGAUCAGAUACAACAGCGCGCGCCCGUAAACAGAAUGAUGCAGAUGUACGUAGAUGUAGCUCAGGUGCAUUUUGUUUUGACUGGCCGGAUCGGAGUAUUGCUACUGUGCGCUAGAUUGAAUUUCAAAUUGCAUUAUUCAUUUAUACACGUAAGUAAGUAGCUUGAAUUCCAAAAAUGAUCAUUCCUUGAGGAUGCCCUCUUUAAUGUCCUAUUCUUUCACAAAAACUGGCCUCCUGAAGCCCAGCCAAAAUUUAUUUUCCUGCAGGGGUAAACAACGGCUCAUUUAGUUACUGUCUGAAAGAAAUAUUUUCCACUGUUAUUAACUUCUUCUACUUUUGGAAGUAAUAAGCUUAAGUGAGAGAAGAUUUCGAAAGAUUAUUCUUUCGUCCCGAAACCUUUUUUAGCUUGAGCCAUGCAGAAAAACUCCUUCUGAUUUCCGCGAAAACAUGAUUGCCGAGAUAAAUUAUUCAAUAAAGGAGGACAUAUUCUUUGAAUACAAUAAUAAACUGCUCCCAUACAUGUUACGCGCUUGAGGCAAUUAACGCCGCAGAUAGUAGGUUGUCUUUCUUACCGUUUUUUAAUAGGAAUAAGGCUCAGUUUGAAUUCUUCUCAUUUUUCUUAAGAAUAAAGUCACAAGAUCCGUUUUCGGACAACUGGGAAGAAAUCCAAUAUAGUUAAAAUGUUGAUACCAUAUAAUAUGGCUUUUGAGCUGAGCUAAAUUUUAUAUGACCACGUGCAGUGACGCUUGCACGCAAUCUAUAGUUACAAACAUUGUUAAGAGCCGAUGCAGAACGCGGUGCAAAUCAAAAUUGGUGUUCGCCCUACUCAAUGUCUUUCCUUGUAAAUGCAUUAUUACUUGCGGUGACCCAUUCAAAGCUAAUCUUCACCCUACACGCUCUCUGAGUAAACACUCGCUUCCAACCGAGAAAGCAAUUCUCACAACUGUGGCCGGAAAUGUUUUGCCUUUAAAAACAUAAAAGCUGCAAUAACGGGUUUUAAAACAUUUGGCGCCAAGUACUAUCAUGCUAUUAGGGUGUACACAAAACUGCCUGCCUAUGGUGUAAACAGGGGGUGGCACGACCCUUAAUUUUACUUAUUGUUGAUUUAAAUAAGAAUCCCGUAACUUACACUGGACCAACCUGACGUUCAGUUUGCUGUCGGACUCUUAGACACGGGGAACUCCCUCAUAAAAGUGACGGGGAUACUCGUCGGAAAAUUGAGAUUAUUCCCCUAAGGGAGACCAAUGUAGACAGACAUCACGGCAUUUUUUUUGUAAUAAACCUUCUUUAUGCACAGGCCGAAGUGAUACCUGGAUUGGCAAAUAUAGUGACUUUCCGUUCCAAACACUCUGAGACCAUAAUCUGUAAUUUACAUCCCUAAGCGAGACGACGAGCAUCCCCAUUACUUUUAUAUGGGAGUCCCCCCGGGCUCUUAUAACCCAACCUAGGCUAUUUUUCCCACCCAAUCGCGCUUUCAAUUACACCCCGACACUGAAUUCCUUAUAAUACCUGUUCAGUGCUCCGGUUCCCCUGCGAACGUUUCCCCAGGGGUUGCACUCGCCCAACCUUUUAAGAAAGAUGUUCGUGCUCAUCUCAUUAACACUUACCGGUGUCCGUAGAAUGGACUUUCCUUCUGUUAUUUUGUCGGCUUUUCCGUGCAAGGGGAGUGGCUUCAAGAAUUUUUGGUAAACUGAUUUACCGAAUUUCGUACCGGCGGAUAUGCGGUUAGACCCGAGAGAAUGGUAAUGCAAAAAAGUGGAACCUCCGGUAACGGGCACCUCUCUACAAUGGCCUUUUUUUUUUUUCGCGGACAGUCCAUACAUUCCGCAAUAUUGUUUCGGCCUCACUACACUUUCUUAAGAGUCCCCAAAGUGGUCGUUGUAGAGAGGUUCAGAACUGUAUGGUGAAAGAAUGAAAGAUGGUAAAUUUUAAGCUCGGUGAACAAAUGUGAGGAUGAAAUAAUCGGCAUGUCACGAGCGUGGGACAGAGAAAAAUCUGAGUCCCCCGACAGGAUUAUGAACCUAGUAUAUAUGGCCACGCUCUCCAUGAGUUCUCCGUAGCUCAGUGGAUAGAGCGCUCGCACGGUGUUUGGGAGGUCAUAGGUUCGAAUCCUGUACGGAACUCGGGGUUUUUUUCGUUGUUCCACGCUCGUGACAUGCUGAUUAUUUCAUCUUCACGUUCAACUGUAUGUUUAAGAGUAGGACCUGAAGCAUCGCUAUAAAACAAGAAAUCAGAUUUCUUAGAAUUGGAGAAAAGUAGUAUUCGUAAAUUAGGAGAGCCUCAUGGUUAAAAUGAUCUUUGACAACCCCUUUGCAUUGACCAGAAAAAGAGAUUGAUGCGUGUUUUUGCCCUGAAGAAUGGUUUUGAAACGUGGAUCUGAAGUAUGGAUAAUUAUGCGACUAUGCGGUUAGGUGUGUUAAAAUUUUCUUGGAGCCCAAGUGACCCAGUAUCUUGUAAGUCCCGAUAUCUUUUCGCACCAUGAAAACUACUGUAGUAGUUUCCGCGCGCAAGGCACGUCUUAUACGAAGCCUUAUAGGUUAAAGAAAGUUGAAACAUAACAUUAAAGGUUGAAAAAAUAAUCCAGACUUUUUUGUGGGCUUAUCGUAAAAGAAAAGAAUUCGGGCUUAAUAAGAUAGCUGGGGAACUCUAAUGCUCUAAAUUUUGUCUAAUAGAAGAGAUUUUACAUUGGCUAAAAUAGUAAACUACGAUGCAUAGAUUUAGCGAGGGUCAAAGGGAACAUGGUGCCCCCUUUCUUAACGUAAAUUUUUUAACUGAAUGUCCACAGAAUGUUAAGCCUUCGGAACAGGGUUAUGCUCUGCUUGCAGAUGCCCCCUGUUUCUUACAUUAGUUUCGGAAAGCGUAGCAGAAGCGCAAAGGAGUGGGUGGUACAUCAGAUUUUUCCCUCGUUUUUGGUCGCGUGACUUCUAUUUGGCGUGCUUUUGCUUGGAUUUAUAUUAGUGUAUUUAUUUUACCAAAUGGGAACGUUUAUUUAGUUGCUAGUUACCAAGGAUUAUGAAUAUCACAUCAUGUAAUGAAAAGUGUUCCCGUGUACCAUGAAUGCUCAAACUACCCGGGGAGCAGAGGUUUCUUUCUGGCAUGGCUUUUAGCAUUUGCGAAGUCGUUCGACAAGCCACGCGGACGACUGUACUUCGCAAAUGCUAAAAGCCAUGCCACAAAGAAACCUCUGCGCGCCGGUCAUGCUCGAACUAGCAUCUAGGGCGAAUGUUUCAUUGUCUGAAUCUGGAGAGGUGCUCCUAUUCAAUUUCCAACCUCGUUCCCAGGUGCGAGUAGGAGGGACCCUGAAAACGAGGUUACGCCUCAAGUCUUUCUACAAAUUUUCGGUCUCAAUUUGACAUUUUCUUUGUUUCAAAUGAUCAGCAGAAUUCCACAUUAAUGGAUGUUUGGUACAUAAGGUUUUCUUUCUUCCGGUUGACGUGAGUCGCUCAAAAAAGUCUUAUGCUUAAGCUCGCUAUUUGAUGUCCUGAAAUGAGUCAUUUCCUAGUGAUUGUAUAUAAAAUGCUUUAUUAUUCAAUCAAAAUAUUUCUCUGUUUCUGACUGGGGCUCAAAUCCCCCGAAUGGCGCUGACCAAAUUUAGGAGGCGUUUGCGAUAUCCGGUAAUAUGGCGUCAAUAUAUAAUAAAGGAUAUGGCGAGAAAAUCGGACGGCAGCCCGGAAGCCCCGGGGACGAGUUUUGCGUUAGGUUAGUUAGAAAAAAUGGGGGAAGUUUUCACACGCUUUGCAAAGAAGAAAUAGCCAAACGUCUACUUAAAACAUAGCAUUAAGAACAGAAAAAGUACAUUUCGGAAGAUGACAAAUUCUGUUUGAAGGAAUGUAACACAGUCCACAACAUUGAUUGCCAAUUCUCCAGUCGUCCCACGAAGGAAGGGGGCCCUGGAAACGAGCUUGACGGUGCUGUAUCCUGAAAUAUAGAUUGCAAAAUAGUUUUCUUUUUCUCAAAAUCCGUUUUGCGCCGGCGUGAUAUUUCGCGCGUCUCUCUCCAGUCCUACUCUCCGUUUUCACCCUUACACCAGACCGUCAAUCUAGGAACAAAAUACGGUUUGUUUUGCAGUCUACCUGAAAUAAUAUCACUGAUAUGAUUAUGAUAUUCGAACUUCGAUGAAAGACAUUUUGUAAAAACGUUCACGACUCUUAUGAGUUAUACAGGCACUACUCAAUAGUUUCCAUGUCCUUCUACAAUUAAAAAAAUUAAGAAAAACCAAUCUAACCAAUUGAUUGAAGAUUUUUGAGGCCCUCCAGUAAACAAGGUAAAAUAAGAAGGUUUCCAAAUGUUUCUUUUUUACUUAAAAAAAAAAGAAAGAGGUCAAUUUGCUAUUAACUUGAAAAAAAUGCAGGCGAAAACACGACGUGUCUCAGAGUUUGUUUUCUAAAAUCCGGAAAAAAAUAUUAUAAUCACUUUACAAUUCAUGUACUUAAGUCUAAAAUUAUCCCAAAUGUUGUGGCCAACAUUCAGGACUUUGAAGUUAUUUUUGUCUCACAUUUAAGAGCAUCUGACAUAAAACUUUCAAGAGGUGCUAUCUCAACGAGACCUCAGCUUGAACUUGGAGAAUAACUCUUUAGGGUUACGUUUAAACAGUAACAAACAAGACGUAUCUCCUGUUUUAGAAAGAAUCACACUUUUGAUCACGGCAAGGACGAGUGAGCUCUGUGUUUCUCGUAUUGCUGUUUUCCAAAUGCAUUGGUAAUAUUGGGGCAUCGCGUGAUUUGAUUUUGCUUUUAGCAUGCUCUUUUGAUCUUUGAUUAACAUUCAUUGAGAGGAUUAAACAGCCAACACGUACGGUUCAGCGCAGAUUUAACCCAGCUUCACUCCUAUUAUAGUGACCAAAGAAAGAAUUCGCCCCUCCCCCCCUCAAAAAAAAAGUAAAGAAUAAAUAAUAAAUCUACAAAUUUCCCUUUGUAAUAUUCCUUGCUAUAAUAAAGAGGCCAUAUGAUAACUCCUUAGGGUUUUUAUCCACUAAUUGUACAAGUUGGAAUCGUAAGGAGUUUGAAAGGGUUAAUACCCACUUGACGAUGGGGACAAUUAUAUUACUGAAGGAAAACCUUUCAUUCCCUUGGGCUGGUAACCAAUUAAUUAAAAGACAAGGAAGAGAGAUUUUUUACUUAAAUUAAAAGUCUCUUCAUUAACGUGAUAAUGAAAACAAAAUAUAUAGCACUUUGUGAAAGCCGUCGACCUUAAAGUACCAAGCUGUACCAGCUAAAGAACUACCACUGAAAAGGUGUCUUUAGUGAAUGGUGAAGAAAGAAUAUUGGAUUUUCUGUCUCCGGAGACUCCUCGAAAAUCGAGAGAAGGCGAACAUAUUUCGUCCGUAAACUUAUAUUACUGUGUUACACCUCGGCUCAUUUAUCGCAAGGAACAUUUUCUGUUAAUCAACGCACAGACGAAGCGUGCAGAUCUUAAAGAUUUUUCUGAAAGGUUCAUUCCGCAAACAAAUCGUUAACUUUAUAUCUGGAACCUGAUGAAUGAAAGCACUUGAAAACAAUGCUUAACAAGACUUUAGCAGACUGACUAAUCAUUGAGGAUUUGGUGUCAGGUUUUGUAAGGCAAAUUUAAUUCGCUAAAUCCGUAACCUACACCAAGUGCAUUUUUGCACAUAUAAUAAACCCAUGUCAGCUUUUGUUACCACAGAGAAACAAGAAACCUGAACUUACUCGUGUCGUUGGACAAAAAACCGUCAACUGCGGUAGGUGCCGAAAAUUUCUUUUCAGCUCACACGUCUUCGUAAACAGGCCUAAAACUAACUUUAGCGACAUAUUGGAAUUAAUUAAGGAACUGUAACUCGAAAAUAAUUUUAAUCCUUCAUGACCGAACGUUAAUAAUGGUAAUUGAACUGAGUGGAGUGCAAUUUGGUCUGAAAUCAUACGUGUGAUUUCAAAAUCGAACGAGCGCGCAGCGCGAGUUCGAUUUGAAAUCACAAGUAUGAUUUCAGACCAAAAUUGCACGACACGAAGUUCAAUUACCACUUUAUUACAUCCAUUUUGAAAUCGCAGAAUUUAGUCAGUACUAAUAUUUUAUUGAUCGAGCAGCCGGUUUGUUAAAAAGCCGAAACAAAAAUGUUUUUACAUCUCAUUUUUUAUUCGCAACAGAAAUGAUGCGAUAUAGAACAAAAAUGGUGCGAUUUAAAACAGAAAUGAUGCGAUUUAGAACAUGAAUGACGCGAUUUGGAACAGAAGCGAUUUAGAGCACAAAAUGGUGCGAUUUAGGAAUAAAUCACACUGCUGAGAGCCAAUCAGAUUGCAGGGAUAGCCAGUGAUUUCAAAGUGGAUGUACUAAAGGACAAAAUUGUCUUCCGAGGAUUCUUGUAUCUUCAUAAACUUUAAAACAUACAAAUAACUUAAUAAGAAAUGCCUUUACCGCAGAGCGUUUAUUUUGGAUUUAAAUCUCCAACGAAGAGUUUUUGUUUCCAUUUUUGUGAUGCCUUGUAUUCUUUUUGGGUUUAUUCUGUAGAAGUUGGCUUCUCGGAAUAUGAAAAGCGUACUGGAGCUGAAGAACUUAUUUCUCUUCCAUGCAUGCAAGUUAUUUGGCUCGUUUGCUUUUAGUCAAAACAAAGGUCAUUCAGUGGUACGCAAUUCACCUCAUAUUGAAAGAUGAACUUGAAUCUAAAAGUCCUAAAAAUAAACAGAUGUCUGAGAAAGCAGAGGCAAAAUAUUUUUCUUUUCUUUUUUAAAGUUUAAUCCUGAUUUUACGGCGUUCGCUCUCUCCUGACAACUUAUCGCUAAGUUAGGCAACAGUUCUAAUCAUGUAGCUAAAUGAAAUAUAUUGUAUAUUUGUACAGCCUGAAAGUCUUAUGCUAGGAGCAAAAAAAUUCGUUCAAAACUCCAAGCAGCACGGCUUUCGUAGUUUGUGAAGUGUUAGAAAAACAAAAUCCAAGACAGUCUCUAUCAGGCUACUGAAUUGUAUAGAAGUAUAUUUAAAAUCGUAGUACAAACACUAAUAGGUUUGGUUCUUUGUUAUUUUCAGUCUUUUCUUCUUUCUCUUUUUGCUCAAAACUGGGGAUUUCAAAGGAAAACAAAUUUCAGUAAAUUAAUCCGAAAAUUACCAUACCUCAAGAAAUUAUUGGUCUAGUCUUGGUGAAAAGGUUAAAGAAAUGUUUUGGAGAGUCAAUAGACCUUUGUCCUAUUGUAAUCUGAUUCCGUCGUUAACCAAGAAAAACACAUCAAAAUUAAAAAUUAGAAGAGGAUCUUAAAAUAACUAAACAUGUGCACUUGCGCUUGUUUUAACAGCUGAGCCUUGAAGUAUUUUAGUAUUUAAGGCCUCAGAUUCUCAGAGAAUAAGCAGAUUUACCAAAAACAACGCGACGACACAGACUGACGACAGUGACAAAAUGUUGGCGCAGAUAUCUGGGAGUUUAGGGACGGACCAUUAGAAAAGUUAUGGGGGAGCGGGGGAAGAGUUUUCGAGCCGCAGGAAUUUUUUUUCGCUAUCAAAUUGCUUGUAUGAAUUUUUUUUAGGCCGCAGCAUGAAUAUUUUUUUAGGGUUAAUUGCCGUGCAUGAAUUUUUUUCAUUUAAUUUCCCCUUGCGCGAAUAUUUAAUUUGUACUUCGCCCGCCCCCCAUAAGUUUUCUAACGGUCCGUCCCUUAAGCAGCGAGGUUUUUGAGCAACGCACGUUAACCGUAAGUUAACCUUUUUCUCUUUCAAUAUGCCUUGACGGUACCAAAUUUGUAUUUUAAGUGUCUUAACUCUUAUUGAGACGAUUUACCCAAAAAUUUGUUCAAGAGCAUAGCCCAAGAAUGCAAAAAGUCCACCUCCGGUUGACGUGCGUCGCUCAAAAACGUCGCUGCUUUAGCUCCCUAUUUUCCGUCAGUUAAAAGCGUCUCGACCAAUCGCAGAGCGACAAAUUGUACACACCGGAAGUCGCUUAGUCCCUUUUUUUUCUUUCCUUUAUCCUUUUUGUCUGUGUUUCUGUGUUUCUUUCUUUUUUUAUUCUUCCACGUCGAAGGAACCUAAGGAUCGAUGAUGAAACCCUUCGGGGUAGUAUUUGAACCCAAGAAUUCCCAAAAGAACGAACCCUUCUCUUGGACCUUCUAGCAGAAGCAGAAGAAACAGAGUUUCUGCUCUUGGAUAAGAAGACUGUAAUGAAAUAGUUACUCGGUCAAAUUUUAAUUAACACGAUAGCACCUUCAAAACCUAUAAAAAUGUUUACCAGCUCAUCACUUAAAGACGUUCCAUUUUUGCCGGUCAAUUAUUGCAGAAUAAAGGCUCUCUAUGAAAGACAAUGAAGCCAUUGAACGUAAGGUUGUAAUUACAUUGUCGAACUGAAAAUAAUAUGAAUAAAUCACGGUGUUGACGCGGCUUUUUGUGAUUAACACCUGUUUUUUAUUGCAUUUAUAGAAUACAUUGGCAGAAUUUAGUGAAUAAAGACAUUGCAGUUAUCUCGAUCUGUAUCGUAUUAUCGCCAGCUACGACACGGAGAUAACAACGAUUACUUUGGUGGUUAGUUACUUUUGGCAGAUCAGUUCAGUUGACGAUUUUAAACAGUAAUGAUUCUGGUCAUGUUUCAUGACGGGCCUUUUCAUUGAAAACUAUACUAAUAUCUUAUUGCCAAGUCAAAGUUAAUUUCGAGUCAAACAGAGAAUAUUCAUUAAAAUACAAUGCACCGUAGUUAUUUGCUACCUCUUUAAUGAAGCUUGUCAGUAAUGGCUCUUUAAUGGCGUGCUUGUGUUUCUGUGGGAACAAAUCAGCUCAGUUCUGUUGAGAAGUGUUUGUUUUCUAUUUGUGUGGUCUUUGGAAAACACGCAGCAAGUGCAUAAAAAAUGUAACAGCUUUUCUUGCAAGAACUGAAUGAACCGUUGUACCACAUUAUUCUGUCACCACCGUUUGGUCCAAUUUUCCAAGGCUUUUGCUUUAAGCCUCAGCAUCAUCGAAGAGGUCAACUGAGAGGUAUUUAUUGAUUAAGAAAUAUCUAUUUGCCUUUGGUAAAGACGCUUUUCGUGUGCACGUAUAUUAUCAGUCCAUAUCCAAAGCAAUGAAUGUGACUAUACUUCAUGCUCAUUCCGUUGUUACGGCCCGUCAAAGUUAGUACAUAUCUCAGGUGAUCAACUAUAGGUAUACCGGUUUUGCAUAAUUCUUUUAGGUACACUGAGUGUAAUUACUGCUAUAAUCGUGGCCUUAACUGACGAACGGCCAACGAUGGAGAAAAUGAGGCAAAAUGUUAGUCAGCGCAUUGCUUAGUUGUCUUGUAAGAUAUGGACCUCUGAUCAUCAAUGCAGCUUGCUGGUAAAUGACUCUCGUACUCGCUUCGAUGGCUAAAAAGGAACCGCUCUCGGUCGACAGUUUCAAAACAUUUAGAGAGUGUCCCGUCAUUUUAGAUUCUAAAUAAUUGCAAACAAAGAAAGCAAUAUGUUGUCCUGUCGUUUGUCGAAUGAAUUAAUUCUGAUAUGAAGUCAUACAAAUUGGUUACUGAUUGUUACUUUCCUGCAUGCAUUUUCUAACAAUUUUGGAUUUCACUGCGUAAAUGGCUGUCAGUCCUUCCUAACUGUUACUUGAAAACCAGAGUUUAUUGUUAGAGGUAGUAGCCAUGUUCAAAGUGGCUAUAACUCUUGAUGGGAGAUGCGUUUGUAUAGUUCACCGACUACAAGGUCCAGAAACCUUAACCUUUUUUCCUGUCUUUUGUAGGAUAGAAUGAUACUUUCUCCUGAGGUUUGGAUUCUCGUAGUGUCAGCUUUUGUUUCUCUAGCAAACGCCGAGAUCCCAAGGGACAACGAUGACGAAGGUAUGCUACCGGGGCUGGCUACAGAAAAGAGGCAAUGCAAUGACCUUGAAAACUAAGUCUCCACUCUUUCUUAGUGCUUCUAAAGCUCUUAAUGCCUUCUGUUGGAUUUUUAUGUAAAACGUAUGGCGAGCUGUUACAAAAUAUUCGUAAAUUCGGACACCUUUCUACCACUGAGUUCCCUCCCAUCUUCAUUUUCGGCUAAGUAGCCUGGCCGGACGUCCUCUUUGUUAUGAAUUCAAAAUUUGAAGACUAGGGAAUAGCAUGUUACAAUUAACUUCCUCGUCUUUAAAAAAUAAAGAUUUAAUGGGAAAUGUACUUUCAUACUGAAAACUGUGGGUAACUACCACGUCAAGUCAAAGUGGCUAUAUUUUCAUUACUAAAUGCUUACAAGUUAGAUUAAAAGCAAAAACAACAAGCGACUGCAUACAGAAACCAAAAUCUUGCAUUGCCUCAGUCACGUGUUAAAAAAUCCUAUAAGUUGACGAAAAUUCAACGAGCCCGCCCGAGGCAGGACGACUGUUAAGCUUUGUAAAAACCUACCGUAAAACCUAUAGGUACCAGCCUCCACUUCAGGCGCUUCGUUUUUCCCAUGCAUGGUUUCGCAUAGAGGCGACCGCAAAACGCGAAUGACUGGUUACGAAGCGCAACGAUCCAUGGUAAGGGUAAAGACGGGAGUCUCGCCCGUUUUCUCCUUCCCGCCAUCCUUUACGCCCAAAUUUUCAUCGAGAGAGAGAGACGUCUGGGUAUGGGGCAGUAUAGGUACAUGUACGGUGUUCCAAUCAGGGUCCGCAAUUGUAAUCCGUUAAUUAUAUUCGGAAAGUACAUAAAAUAUUUCCUAGCGCCGAUGGGUCUUUAUAAUUGGUGUUUUCAGUGUUGCUGAACUAUUCCUGGCAAAAAAAUGACACGCUUAUAUUUUUAUUUUCAUUAACAGAGGAAAAUUCCAGCCCAAGGAUGAUGCCAGAUUUCUGGUUGUACGGUGACAUGAAACUAACGUAUCACCAGGAAGCACUUCUUGACUUACCAAGCAGCCAAGACAACCUUUCUAUCCCGCCUAAAGCACCUGCUGCUACCAGAGAGAAAACCUUACUAUGGGACAAUGGAAUUAUUCCUUACGUGUUUGACUGCAGCUUAGGUAAUUUAGAAAAACUUGAAUUAGGCCCUGUUCGGACUACGACGAAAAUAGAGUUUAGCGUUUUGUUAUCACUAGUCUUUCGUUUUUGGUCGUCAAACUGGGGAAUGACUUAGUUAAAACGAUGAUGCCCUUUAGUUUAAGUCACAGUAACAGUCACUUGAGUACCAUGCUCCCUCCUCUUUGGCCCGUGUCACUGAACUUCUCUGGUACCUUAUCACCCAGUGGACUUGAACAAAAUAACCCCUCACUCGUGAUAAAAUCCCUACAGCAGUAAGUCUGACUUGCUGGUUGCUUAAUCUAGUGGUAUCUUCUUGCAGAAAAUAUGCCUGAACUUCAGAGGAUUGUUAGAUUAGCUAUGGACGACUGGGAGUCUAAAACCUGCCUCAAGUUUGUACCAAGAAAAGAUGAAAGCGAAAUGGAUUACGUCACAUUUUUCAGAGGGACUCAGUAAGUUUAUUGGCGCAAUUAUUCAUUGGUUAAUUGAUCAUUAUCAACUCCUGCGAAAAAACGCAGAAAUAUGGUCAUUCCUUUUCUUUGAAAAAAAGUCUCCAUAAUACGUGAGUUCGUUUUUAGUUGUUGUUAGUUUUCGGCGAAGCUCCGUGUUUUUGUUUGUUUGUCUGUUUUUUUCUGAGUUUACCGUAAGUGUGUGACCACCCAAGCGAGCACAGCUGUGACUGUAACUUGGUCUGACAGUUCUGCUGUUUAGCAGAGAACGUAUUGCAUGCCCGCACUCUUAAGGUACAAUACAAUUGCUGAGUGCCAUGUUAUCCACUAAUAAUAGUUCCUCUUAACCCUUUCACUGCCAGAGUGCUUGAUGGAGUUUUGUAAGGUGACUCUAAAUGAGUCUUCGGACCGUAUCCUAUGAUAUGAACAUUCAACUGAAAGCUCUCUGCCAGUACUUUCACAUAGUGCUAUUUAAUUUGUUUUUCAAAAUUUAACAAGUUGAGAUUUCGAAAUUUGGUCGAAAUUCGCUUUUGGCUAAAUUUGGAAGCGAAAGGGUUAAACUCUGAGUGGCGUGUUACAUACGUUUAACAUGGGGAUAAGACAGAAAAUAAUCAGACAAAUGUAGUCUCGCGGUAGCUUUCGAUACGUGGCCAACAAGAGUACUUUCACGGGAAAAAGCUGGUGUUUUGGAAAGGUGGUCUAUAGAGGUUUCAACGAUGACCGGAAGAUUGCAUUAAGCAGUAACUUAUGUCGCUUUUAAAAGGCAGGUGCAUGGUCGCCUAUAAGAGAGGUAUUAGGUUCGACUGCAUGUAAAUUACUUUCCAAACAUUAAUCGCGCUAUUUCUUGUUCAGUUGAUCGGCAUGCGUCCGUCUACAACCCUCUUAUUAUACUCUCCUUAUAAUUGUGUUCAGCUGUUACAGCACAGUGGGCAAGGCGCGCAGUGGACGUAGGGAAGUCUCCGUUGGAUUUGGCUGCGAGUAUCAUAACGUGAUGGUUCAUGAAAUAGGUCACGUGAUUGGAUUUUGGCAUGAACAUAGCAGGCCAGACAGAGACAAGUACGUGAGGAUAGUUUGGAAAAACGUAAACAAAGGUAAGUACUAGAAAUACGUGUCUCGCUAAAAACCUAGCCAGUCUUGGGUGGAAAAGGGCCACCUUAGUUAAGAAAGCUGCUUUCGUUACAUAACAGAAUCCGCGAGCUUGCAAGAUGAAGCGAUUCCUGUGCUCUGAUUGACUACAUAGCUGGCAAGAUGGACCCAUCGCAGGAUUUUCCGCGUUGGUCCCGCGAGAAAAAGUUCUCUUUUCGCCAUAUGAUAAAUCUUCUAUUGAUUAAGCUUUUUCGUUCAAGAUGGCUGUAUAUUAGCCUCGUUCCUCUUUGCACUUUUAUUGACUUCGACUUAGUCUCGGUCAAUUAAAACGCAGAAUGUACCUUGGCCAACUGCAAUAUCCAGCCAUCCUGACCACACGCUUGGUCAAUAAAGCAUAUAUGGGAAUUGUUACAUUACUGUGCCGGUUGUUCCGUGAGUUUUUCUUUCUUUACAAUACGGGCUAACGCUUUUUCAGUCACCACCCAUUCAUUACCGUCAUUUCCUCCUUAACGAUCAGGUUGGGAGCACGCCUUUAUGAAACAAACAUGGCAAGCUGUGGACUCCCUAAAUACCCCGUAUGAUUACUCCAGUAUCAUGCAUUACAAGUUAAACGCCUUCUCACGGUCAAGCAGGAGAAAAACCAUCGUGCCCCUGAAGAAAGUACGAGCGCGCCCCUAUAGAAGGAUCUCUAGAAUUGACGCUCUUCAGGUCAACCUAAUGUAUAAAUGUGACGGUAAGAAUUUAAACUGUUACGAAAUUUCAUAACCUGCUUUGAAACAGGAUUCACAUGGAUAUCAUGAGCAAACCUGGGUUCAUUUUGCUAAAACUAAUGGUGUGAAGCAUCCUUUUUUUACCUUUUCCUUCUGACCUUGUCCCCAUCACGAUACCUUCUCAUCAUUGUCAGGAUGAAACACAAUGGAUACCAUAGUUCGCUACUCUACUUAGCGCUAGAAGUUCUGGAAGCUUCUUAGCUCUUGAAAAUAGCCCUAAAGUGGUUUUUCUUCAAGAUGUUUUUUAAAGACCCCGGUGGGCCUUUUUAGUUUCGUUUUAGAAAACUAAGACCUGCUUUGACUUGUCUCUUUUAGAUAAGAGUCAGCGGCAACGAUCGUCGACAAACAGUGGCAACCAUGAAGGCCCAGCUCGACCCGCGAGGAGUCUUGUAAGCAUUAGAGGGUAUAUUGACCAAUCUUCAAACCAAGGUAAUUGUUUAUUAUCCAUCCGCCUCGCAUUUUCCAUUCUCAAGGAGACACAUAUUCAUACAGUGUAAAAUAAAGAAACGGAAUAGCUCAAACUGGCUAGAACUGUAAUCUCAAGCUUUGGUCUUUUACAUUACCUCUUCUUUUCUAAAAUUAUCUAAAAUGAUCGCCUGACAAUUACGCAGUAGCAUGUCAGUAUCGAUCCGGAUAUGUUUAAAAUUUCCACAGAAAAACCGGAGAAGACAGAUGAUCCAAACUGUCGCGACACAAGCAAGGCUUGCGCUUACUGGGCUCAGAAAGGUUUCUGUAAAACACGCCGUGACUUCAUGCUAACGGACUGCAAGAAAAGCUGUAACUCUUGUGACGCAGGUAAUUAGCUGUUAGAGGGCUUUGCAACUAUAUUUUGAUUAUCCAUCUACCGAGUUCUGCAGUACCUUUUUUUUAAUAUAUAACCUUUUAUAUCAGAGUAUGUUUGUAACACGCAACUGUACUUUGAUAAACUGUGCACUCCAUGUUGUUUUCUUUUAACAGCCAACAAGGUUGAAGAUAAUUCUGAGAGUGAAUGUGUAGAUGACAAGGAAGCUUGCGCAAUGUGGGCUAAACAUGGCUACUGUGAAAGUAGACCAGAUGUCAUGAACGUCAAAUGCAGAAAGAGCUGCCGAAUUUGCAGUAAGUCAUUGUGGUUAAGAGUAUUAUAUCAUAAGCAAACACUUUAAGGAGUCGAUGUUGCGCCAUAUGUAGAAGGUUGUUAGUUCUGAAUAACCCCUGACCUGUAAUUUCUACCUUUAACGGACUCCGUCCUUCAUUGUUGACCUUUGUGUCUGUAAGUUUACGGAGGAGGCAACGUGGCUGAGUGAUUGGAACGCUUGAUUUUCCAUUCUGGGGACCCCUCCCUGAUCGCAUGCUGGAGUUGUUCUCGGUAGUCCCGAGUUCAAAUCCUCGGUCACACUUGUAAAUAACCAACUGGUUUGCCUCGGGCCAAUUGGGAUUUUUUGUUUCAGUUGCUUUCUCGGCCCCACUAGCCCUUAUGCUAUGUAAUACUGCCAAAGGUUAAUAAAGGUUUGUUUAUUUAAUUUUAUUCAUUUUAUGAGAAAUAGUAAUUUUUAUCCCUUUUCAGCUGAAGAAAAAUGCAUGGACCGAGAUCCGCGAUGCCGAGCUUGGGCGAGGUGGAAAUAUUGCACCACUGAUCGAUACAAGCACAUGAUGAUGCAGGCGUGUAGGAGAAGCUGUGCUUUUUGUGUUGCUGGUAAGAUAGGGUUCUCUCGCCGUCUCUCAUAAUCCUUUUCGCUCUGUUUUCUUGCUCGUAUCUCCUUGCGCCGUCCCCAUUUUUCAAAGAAGAACUAGCAAGGUCAGUAAGACGCGCUUAAUCAGUCUUUCCAAUGGCACCGCGCGUUUUCUCACUAGUUACCACGAUCGCUGCACCUGCCCUUUUGGAACCUGAAUCAUGUUCAGAAUAGGCUAAAGGCUACUUCGAAAAGGGGUGAUUGUUGCCGCCUCUCACGCAGACGUGAUGAAGCCCUAAAGAACGCUUGCGUAAGAAGAUUGUCCUGUCCUGUUAUCGUGUUAAAAAAAAAGAGAAAUUUUCUGAUCACAACUUACGUUGCAUCUUAGAAACCCAUGAUUGCAAGGAUAAGGUUGCGUCCCGCUGUCCCAGGUUGAAAGAAGAAGGAUAUUGUAAAUCUAUGGACCCGGAUGUACGGCUACGAAUGAGGAAUAUGUGCGCAAUGACCUGCAACUUUUGUCGUAAGUAGAAUGUUAACAGUGUAUGAGGCCAAAAUCGAAAUAAGACAAAAAAGGAAAAUUAAUCGGUUUCAAAACGUCUAGUCUUGUUUCAUUUUCAUAAAAGUGAUACAUAUUCGUACCUUGAAACUUUUGUUACAUAACUUUUUUGUACAUCUUAAACGAGUUUUCAGCUUCUUAAAUAAACCUAUGAGUCUCAAAGGGGUUUGACAAUUGAGCCUUAAAAAGCCCAAAAGGUGGAAAUUUCAAUCGUUAGUAGUGAAAAUGUUGACCGUUAAAAAUAUACCAGCCCCUUCCCCUCCCCCGGUGAGAUGGCUUGUUUGGCCUUCACAUGGUUCAGUCUCUUGGCUAAUGGACCCAAAAGGUUGGAGUCAUUCUUUUUAAUAGCCACACCCCCGCCCUCUCCUAUGGAUGAUGUAAGUUGACUUUUACCCCCAAGAGAAAGAAAAAGAUCAGAGAGUGCCGACACAGUCACCCCUCAAAAAUAAGUUUCAAGGCCCCCCACGGAAAAUCUCAUCCAUAGGGAGUGUGUGGAUAUUAAAUGGAAUAGCCCAUAAUUAACAUUGUUGUGGUCUUGUUUCGAUCCAAGGUAAAAUUAAGCAAACAGAGGGCGAUCCAAGACCGCCCAGGCGGCCUCCUUGUGUAGAUACCUUCCCGAUGUGCUUCGGUUGGUCCAGGCUAGGUUACUGUUCCUCCAACACAAGAGAACGAUUUAUGAGCGAGUACUGCAAGCGCAGCUGUAAUCUGUGUUCCUCCAUCAAUCCUGAGUACAUAAGUACGUGGUAAUAUUUACACCUAUUUGAUAUUUCAGUAUUGCUGUUACAAUAGAAAGUCAGAGUUAUAGAAUAAGGCCCCCCUAAAGAACCGUAAAAUUCCGAAAAUAAGCCCCGGGGCUUAUAUUUUUCAAAGGCCCUUUUUGAGGGGCUUAUAUCCGGAGGGGCUUAUGUACGGAGAGAAAUUUGCGUUUCAAAAUCAAUUGGGCUAGCUUGUAGUGGGAAGGAAAUUUACCAUUUUUGCUUUGUUUUACUUUGUAUUCGAGGGCAAAUUCCAAGUACAAGCCCCCCGGGGGGCUUAUAUUUGGAGGGGCGAUUUAACGGAGGGUUUUUGCGUUACGAUUUUGAGGGGCUUAUAUUUGGAGGGGCUUAUUUUCGGAAUUUUACGGUAGCUUGCGUGUAGCUUCAGUCGAGACACGAGAUUUUAGCUCUUGUAGGAUGAACCGAUUCUGAAACUCAUUUUCAUAGGAUCUUUAAUGAAUCAUCUCUCAUCUCUCAUCCUCUGGCGCCCUGAUGAUCCUGCAUGGAUCCUUAUACGUUUCUGGGAAACUCCCCUCCUACCCUUCCACUAAGCUAACAUCAACACCUACUUCUCACAUAGGGUAAAACGUUGGCUUAAGAGAGGGGUAUAGAUUCUCGUAAGCUACCACCCUGAAGUGAUUGCUAGGGAUUCAGGACUUGAUACCUGGGAUCGGCUGAGUACAGUGAUGUCGAAUCGUGAGGUUUGGGAAGAAAUCUCUGUGAAUGUCCUGUCCGUUUGACGGGUAAAGGUCAACGUUCACGGCCAGAAAACGGAAUUGAACUUCAAGUUGAAUGCCGUGUCUUGUCCAGUGUUAUGUUAUCCUACUGUACCUAAUAAGCUGCACUUAAACGAAACCCCUGAUCUUGAGCCAGGUCUUGACUGAAAAACGCCUCAUAUAAAACAGAGUUAUACUUGAAUUCCAGCAAAAGAUCUCAGCGUUUUGCAUUGUAAUCAACUUGAACCCCUAAAUUUCUUUCAGCGAUGUUUCGCGACUGCACUCAAUAGUCCUUUUACUUCUCUUAAGCCUUACAGUCGUGCAUUGUUUCCUUAGGAGAAAAGUGUUUAGAUAAUGACAUUGACUGCGAAGAAAUGAAAAAACAAGGACAUUGUGAAUUAGAGAGAAAGAAGAGGUACAUGUCAUUCAACUGCAAGAGAACCUGUAACCUAUGCCAAAGGAAUCCUGGUGAGUUUUUGUUAACCCUUUAAGUCCCAANAAAUCUCUGUGAAUGUCCUGUCCGUUUGACGGGUAAAGGUCAACGUUCACGGCCAGAAAACGGAAUUGAACUUCAAGUUGAAUGCCGUGUCUUGUCCAGUGUUAUGUUAUCCUACUGUACCUAAUAAGCUGCACUUAAACGAAACCCCUGAUCUUGAGCCAGGUCUUGACUGAAAAACGCCUCAUAUAAAACAGAGUUAUACUUGAAUUCCAGCAAAAGAUCUCAGCGUUUUGCAUUGUAAUCAACUUGAACCCCUAAAUUUCUUUCAGCGAUGUUUCGCGACUGCACUCAAUAGUCCUUUUACUUCUCUUAAGCCUUACAGUCGUGCAUUGUUUCCUUAGGAGAAAAGUGUUUAGAUAAUGACAUUGACUGCGAAGAAAUGAAAAAACAAGGACAUUGUGAAUUAGAGAGAAAGAAGAGGUACAUGUCAUUCAACUGCAAGAGAACCUGUAACCUAUGCCAAAGGAAUCCUGGUGAGUUUUUGUUAACCCUUUAAGUCCCAAGAGUGACCAACAUCAAUUUUCUCCUGACAAUAUCCAUACAGUGUCAAGAGAUAAGGUUGUGAGAAUUAAUAAAAUGAUCACCAAAGAGAAAAUGCCUUGAUUUUUUUAUGAAAUUCUCUCAACGUAUUCUUUAAGGAAAUGUAUUGAGAUCAGUUCGGAGAAUUUGUAUGUGGAUAUUGGGGCUUAAAGGGUUAAUUAAAAAAAAAACUGCCCGGUGUAAUAUGGUAUAUGUAGGGCUUCAGCUGGCUCAUUCCUUAUUUGAAUUCCCAAGUUAAGGACAAGAACGUGUUAUUGCCGUCAAUUCAAACGUAAAUUUUGGUCGGCAAACAUUGCUUUACAUUUAUUUUAAAAAGGAAUGAAAAAUUUAUAUGACUGAAUCGAAUCUAUUUUGACCGUAGAACAGGUAUAACUGUCGAAAUUCCGGUGCUUAACCCGAGACCCUCCAAUAUUUGAUGGAAGUGGAAUUUGCAACCGGCCUGAGGGUAACAUUCACUCACAUUCCAAAUUAAAGUCAUUUUAUUUAGAAGCACAGUCGUGUGAGUCUAUUUAAUCCGCGGUAACAAAUGACUCAGAGUUUGAGAUUGUAAUUCUGAAAUUUGACAGGAAACGAAAUUAUCAAUGUCUUCCAACGAAAAAAUAGUUUUCAAAAAUCUGAGUGCAUAUUUGUAGAUGAAAUUCUUUAAGGCAUCCAGGUUUACUGUAAGAUAUUAUGCAACUGAACUUUUUUCGGGGAUCUAGCAGGAGAAUGGGUGGAGAUUUCACGAACUAAGACUCUUUCCUAGCUUUUUUAUAUAUUAUUAUGUGGGCAGGGAGAUACCCAGGAGGACUUCAGAUAAGAUUUUCAGUACGAUACUGAGUGCGAUUGCGAUUCAACCAAUGGAAAGGAUAAGAAGUCUAGGGACAUAGCGGACUUGAAAUUUAAUCGUCGUCGACUCGUAUGCUACUAUGAAAGAUAUCAAUACAGAUAUUUAGGAGCUUUAGCAUCGACGACGGCAAUUGCAACGAAAACGUCAGUUUUAAAACGAAUUCCCGUUUUUUCAAUCUUUGUCGGGUUCAUUCCAAUUUGCUGAAAAUGGCAAGUGUAGGCGAAUCUCCCUAGAGUUGAUUUCUUGAGGACCGCACUCAAGUUCAGAGAGCGAAAAAGAGAUUCGUCGUCGCUUGUUUACGUCCUCCAUAAAACUUGUAAUUAGGUAUUUUCGCGUCGUAGUCGUGCAAGGACGGUAAAGAAAUGUACAAAAAAAGCGUGAUGCACGUGCAAAGUUGUUAUUUUGCGUAAUAAACCUAUUGCUUUUUUGACGUCCUCUUUGCCGUCGCCGUCGUCGUUGCUAAAGUUCCCUACUUGUUCAAUGUUUCUUUUUCAUUAGCAAUGCCUCCACCGUGUACAGACAAACACAGAUUCUGUAAAUACUGGGCGGCACGUGGUCACUGUCACAUCAAGGCACUUUACAUGAUGUCAAACUGCCCCAGCAGCUGCAAUAUUUGUGAACAUGGAAUAUAUGAAAUCAGUAAGGCAUUUAAAGUAGAAUACUCCUAUAUUAUACUCCUUUUAGCCCGCGUAGCAGACGCGAUGAGCGCGAGGGAGGACAAGCACGUCAUCCUCUCUCGCGGCCACCGCUCUUGCCAAGCCUCGUUUUUAUGAAUUCGAAAACAGACCGUUCCGUGCUGCCGCCAUUUAUGAAUACGGCGUUUAUAAUUAUCCCUCAUGUAUCUAAUGCGCAUGUCCUCAUGUCCAUCGCUUAUCUAACGCUCAAUAUUUCUUUUGCACCUGCUACUUACGCUCCUAAUGAUUUUACAUUUACUACAUUUUAAAUUGAAGUUGAAAAGAGUGAGAUCAGUUAAGACGUUCACAUAUAUUUGAGGAAAAUCUGAUUAGAUCGUUCAAUCCCUUCUUCUUUGGAAACCAAGUGGCCCUGAUCAAAAAUGCAAGGAAAAUGACAUUCCUAGACAUAAUCUUGAUGGAUUCAGCGAACGCGAUGUUGAACCGGAAUGGGUGGAAUAGAUCAUUGUUCAGAGCAUCCCGACCGACGUUGCCGGAUGAUGAUGAUUUGGUACCGGCUUUUAUUACUCAGUUGUGCAAAAGUUUUCUUGACACUGAGAGACGAGCCAUGCUUACUGUAUACCCCGCUGUAAUCUUCGUAGGUUCUCCUCGUUACAAAGACGCUGAGUGCAUUGACAAACAUAAAAAGUGCUCUGAAUGGACUGAGGCUGGCUACUGUGACAUAUAUUCCAACUUCAUGUACAAGAAAUGCCCGCUUAGUUGUGAAGCUUGCUACCCAAGUAAGAAAUUAACUGCUCCUAACAUCACCUACUUACAGAUAAAACCGCUCUAUCUGUAAACAUUCCUUUCCUCCAAAACUAUAAGGAAAAUUGGGUAUUGACACCUGUUGAUCCCUAGCCUUCGUUUCAGGCUCUUUUAGUUUAGGGGGGAGGGGGAAGAGGGAAGAAAGGUUCCAACUUUCUCCCUUCUUUUCAAGCUAUAUCUACGCAAGAAGGGUUUUCCCUUGUCUGAGAAAACAGUCUAUAUAUAUAUUUCGCGAAGCCACCGGUGUUUUCCACGCGAAAUGACUUCUGAGAAACAAGCGCAGAUAUUCCAGGUUGACCCGGAUCUGAGUAGUGCUUCUGAUUGGUAUGAAAUUUUGCUUCAUCCAAUCAGAAACAGUACCCAGAUCUGGGUAGUGAUAUCUCAUCAGUAUGGAAUUUCGGCGCUUGUUUCUCGACUCAGACGUCAUUUCGCGGGAAAACCACCGGUGGCGUCGGUGCAUGCAUACCAGUCCUCUUUUUCCCGAACUUUCUCUAGCUCUUGUUAGUGGGCAUAGUGGCUUGUUAACAAGUUUGUGAAAAUAAUUCAUAAAGAGAAAACAAAGAAAAUCAGUGAUGUGCACCAGCUUUGGAAAUCGAGACCUAAUUGCCACAACAGUUUAUUUAAUUCGAAUUGCAAAUCACGACAACAGGACGAAAUUUUCUAUGUGAAACAAUGUUUCACAUUCGUAGUACCUUAUAGUUGAAAACAUGACUCCCUCCUCCUUUUCAUAUGAUGUACAAAUAAGAAAACCAUGAGAAUAGAAUACACAAGGCUGGAAGUUAGCCUAUUUUUAACUGGCCCAAGUUGUUCAAAAGCUGGAUAGCGCUAUGAUCCACCGUAUAAAUCUCUAUCCAGUGGAUAGUGCAAUUGGUUUCCCUAAUACUUAUCCACUGGAAAGAGAUUUAUCCAAUGGAUAGCUCUAUCAAGCUUUUGAACAACUGGGACCUGAUGUAUAAUCUUCUCAGUUUGCCAAUUUUCUUUGCUUGCAGAAAAUACACAAGCGCAGCCAUGCAAGAACAAGAUGGAUGAUGCUAACUGUGAACAUUGGGCAGGUCUUGGCUACUGUCAAAGCAGGGGCCUUUUCAUGCUUGACAAGUGUCAGCAUGCCUGUAAUUCAUGUCCCAAAGGUAACACUUCAGUAGUCCUAGAGAUCGAAAGAGAAUACUUUUAAGAGGGAUACACACGAAAGCAUUACCAGGACUACUUAGUUAGAAACGCAACUCACAACUCUCUCCAAAGGGCACCGUUAGGAUCGGCACCAGUAGUUUCUAUCUUGGAGAGUUAUCCGCGUUAUAGGGAGACGAGUCAAAGGAAAUAACGAACAAUGAAAGGGAAGCGGGGUGUCUCAUUUUAGGGAGGUUUUUCUGUUUUGUAGAGAUGUCUGUAACUUUCUACCUUAAUUCCAUCGCAGCCGUUUUUACUGAUAUUAGUUAAAAACAUUUACUGCAUUUUAUUAUAGUCUCCCAGUACUACACUUUACUUAGGACGAGUACAUGCAGUUUCUUGGUGUCUUGGUUGAAAGGAUAUGCCACUUUUUUCUUUUUGCCGGUAAAUCGUCACAAAUUGCAUACCGUCUUGCUCCUUAAAGAAAAAAUCAAAUUAAAGGCAUUUUUGAGGGCAGCCAAAGUCCUUUAUUAAAUGCUAGUUUUUGUCUGGAUGUUCAUUUAUUCACGUAGAAGUGUGAGGAAACUGGUAAAGGGGCUCCCAGCACAGUCGUUAAAAGCUUUAUUAUUACUUCACGACAACCGAUAUUUCAUCCCAAAAUCCAGAUUACACUAGUCUCCCUCGCAGCCAUUAGGAGCGUUGCGUGACAAAACUGCCGCCUGGUUAGCUCAUUUGGGAGAGCGCCGGUCUGCUGAGCGGGAGGUCGCCGGUUCAAACCCCUGCCGGACUUACACUUAGGGUCUUUAAAUAACUGAGAAGAAAGUGCUGCCUUUGUAAUGACAUCUGCAAAUGGUUAGACUUUCUAGUCUUCUCGGGAAAGAACCCACACUACUGUUCGAAAAGAGUAGGGGACGUAGACCCCGGUGGUGUGGCCAACCUCUACGGGUUUUGGGAUUGGGUAGGGAUGGCACCUUGCAUGGGACCUAUGAGUCCCGUUCGUGCCUAUUCCCUCUGGGCAGGCCUGUGUCCAGAAAAGCUUGCAAAACAAAACAAAACAGACAGAAACGGCUGCGGGGAGACUAAGAUUAUAUACAAGUUUUCCAAAAACGUACUUAUUAUAGUUAAACAUGAUGUCAAUAGGUUUUAGUUAAAAAGAGGAUCGUUGGUAUGGAGACAAUAAAUUAUUGCGUCUUCCCAUCUGGCACUCAUCAUAAUAUAUUUCCUUACUGCACUCCUGAUUUGCAAAUGUAUUUUUAUUAUUUAUUUAUUUGUCUUUUCUCUUUUUUAGAACCUGUCAAGAUUCAACCAGCACAACCAAAAGGUAUUGAGAACUUAGUGAAAAGAGACUUGAGUGCAUAGGUAUAAAGUAAUUAGACGUUUGAUGCGUUCGGAUUGCGAAACCAAGACAAGUUUCCUUAGAAAGCGACGUAUCGAAUUAUAGACCUUCUAAGAGGACGUAAGAGGAAAGCUAUGAUAUGUGUGAAAAACGAGCAAGACAAGCGAUCAUAAACGUUUUAAAGUUCGAAAGUUUUUUAAAGCUGGGCCAGCGUGCUACCUGCCUUGGAACCUAAGCCGCCCCUUGAUGAGGUUUUUCAGGGCUCAGGGAGCUAUUUGCUUCUUCACUUUGUAGGUAUUAAGUGUGAUGAUCCUUGUAAGAAGUUUCUUGAGCGUGGCCAGUGUACCACGAAAUGGAGAAGACGGUGUAUUAGAACAUGUUUAGCUCUGGGAUGUGAUGAAGAAGAAGUCAGACCAGAAGGUGAGAAAACGGACUGAAUCUUAAACAGAGCUCAGAUAAGACUCCCCGGGGUGAAGUGGCAAUUAAGGCAAGUUUGAGUUGGGACUUGCCGCCGAGCCCUUCAAACCCUGAGCAUGUUUAAGACAGAAACUGCUCAUUUCGCUGCCCUGUUUAAGACAAGAUAAGGUAGAGGAAUGAUUUACCGCGAUUAGAAUAACAGAAAGGGAAGAGCUUUUGUCGUAAAAAAAUUAAAUAGCACGAAAAUCAGUGAUUUCAAUAAACAAAAGAAAAAAACCUAAUUUGUGACCACUUUUAAAACACUAUUAAAUUUAUUUGGCGAUUCACAGUAAUACUAGUUUCGUCUAAAGACCUCUUUAGUUGAUCGCCACAGUAUUCAAAAUAACAGACACUUUACCUAGCAGUGCAAGAAAAAUAACCGCUAAAAUUCACUGAAAAUCAAUUAUCUUGAAUUUUUCGUUACUUAAAACUAAUAUAAGUAAUCCUCGGGCCCUAGUUGUUCAAAAGGUUGAUAACGCUAUCCACAAUUGCAAUCCAGUCAGGGAUAACGCAGUAGGUUUUUCUUAAUACUUAUUCACUGGAUAGUAAUUUAUCCAGUGGAUAGCGCUAUCCUCCUUUUGAGCGAUUGGGGCCAGAUGAAACUUAUAAUGUCAAUCAUACUGUAUUUGGCAGGUGCGGGGGGAAGAGGCGAGACUGUAAAAUUACUCAAAUAGCUAAUUCUUUGAAUCUGUUUCUUUGCUUUAAUUUGCCUUCUCUUUUCCAGGGACCUGUUCAGAGCCUCUGGGUGUUGGAUGGAAUUUUACUCUUCCGGACAGUGCAUUCAAAGCAUCUUCAAGUUUGUUGACAGGUCAGCGUUGAGGCACAGUUGAUAUAUUAAGGAUGGAUCAGGCAACACAUCAAGGCAUUUAAAUAACGAAAUCGAAAAUUGCAGUGUCGAACUGCUUCAAAUACGCCCUGUUGGUUCUAGAGCGGAGCUAAAUAUCUAAAGAGUAUUUGGCUUGACUUCCCAAGACAAAGCACUUGUGGAUAAACCAGGUGUAAAACUCGUUCAAAGAUUAGGUUUCGAGGGUCAACUCUUUCGUCAGUGCUUUUUUCGUCCAGACGAAGGGUAACAGUCGCAACAAGGGUGCGAGGGUUCGAGGAAUUAGGAUUCUACUGAAUGGAAUCCAAUUCCUCAAACCCUCGGUUUUUCGAUAUUCGCCAUAAUUCGGAUCAAACCUAACUUCCUUUCACCAGUGAAACACGUUAAUUUUGCGAAUGCUCCCGAUUUUUUCAAACCUCCGGAAAAGUUAAACCAAUUUGCUUUUCCCAAGAUGUUCGAAAAACCGGUUUCACUGUAUUGUCAGCGGCUGAUUUGAUUUCGAUAUACUUCGCCUCGAUUUCUUAACGCUUUAUCACUCAGACAACUGGCACCGCUAUUACUACAAAAGGUAGACCCUCCAUCCUUCCCUCUAUCCUUCCCUCUUUGACAAAUUGUGCUUUUACUUCCGGUUACAGGCGGAUGGGACUUUGGUGCUUACAAUGCACGACUUUACAAACAAGACAAUCGAUAUCAGAGGAGAAUUGGAGGAUGGUGCGCUAAAGACAAACAGAACGGUCAUUGGCUGCAAGUUGAUCUGGGAAAGAUAAAGUUUGUUACUGCUGUUGCCACACAAGGUAAAGAUGCUCCCCACAUGUGGUUUAAGAGAACUAGUUUAGAAUCACUUUUAACUUACUAAAAUUAAGGUGGCUCUGAACCCUCUCUAUAGGACCCUUUUUUAAUUCUCGUCAGCCUGUCAUUCAGUUUUGAAUAUUGAAUAUGAAUAUGAAUAUGAAAUGCUGUUUACAAUUUGAUAAUUCAAAAUGGGGGACAACGAAUUCGUUAUGAAGUUAUAAUAGACACUGAAUAGAGAGGAGAAAUGUGCCGUCAUGUUACCAUGGUNACUGCUGUUGCCACACAAGGUAAAGAUGCUCCCCACAUGUGGUUUAAGAGAACUAGUUUAGAAUCACUUUUAACUUACUAAAAUUAAGGUGGCUCUGAACCCUCUCUAUAGGACCCUUUUUUAAUUCUCGUUAGCCUGUCAUCCAGUUUUGAAUAUUGGAUAUGAAUAUGAAUAUGAAAUGCUGUUUACAAUUUGAUAAUUCAAAAUGGGGGACAACGAAUUCGUUAUGAAGUUAUAAUAGACACUGAAUAGAGAGGAGAAAUGUGACGUCAUGUUACCAUGGUGGCAAAAUUUCUGGAUCACAACAGUGACGACGGCGACGGCAACGAGAAUGGCAAAAAAGUAGUAGGAUAACAUUAGCAUUGUCUUCGAUUUCUCUUGGGACGACUGUAAUACCCAGGAGAAACUAGAAACCAUGGUUAAAAACUUAUGCAAAAUUUUGGGGGGUAAACAAGGUGAAAAUGGUGAAUAAACACUGUGACGAAUAGUGAACGAACGAAGGAAGGUUUGACAUUUAGCAUUUACAUAGUCACUUUCUUGAGAAGCUUUUAAAUAAGUUUCUGAUCGUUUAAUCACCCUAACAGUUACUUUUUUACCGGUAUUUUUUCAUCUGGCAGGUCGCGAUAAAUAUUUUGAGCAUGUAAAGUCAUAUGAAUUGGCAUUCAGUAAAGACGGACAGCGUUGGAACAAGUACAAAGAGGAUGGACGAUUCAGGGUAAGAUGAUGAUCAUCUGAUUUGUAAGAUAGCAACUCCCAUUACUAAAGUCCUCUGGGUGGCUCGGUUAGUAGACAGCAAGUAAGCAGUGUCCUAUGUUUUGACUUUUUUUCUUUUUAAGCCUAAUUCAGUAUAUGCUAUUAUUCAUUCAAAAGACCUUUUCUUAUAAUAAUUCACUUCCCCGUUGGCUGAGAACCACCGAUGAAGUUUGCCAACGAGAUAACGCUCACCGUAUUAAUUUUAUCAACUGUAGUCUAGACGGCGUGGAGGGCUUUUUCCUAGGCCGAGACAUCAGUGAGCUUUAGCAAUGACAACGGCGAUGCACGUCAAGCUUACCGUUAUUGGUACAUUUCUUUACCAUCUCUCCGAUCCGAUCCACGGCCACGACUAGAAAUUUGUUAUCUUAUGUGACGUUUCAUGGAGGACUUGAAUACAUGAUUAUGACGUACGACAAAUUGUUCUGUCUUGAUCUAAACUUGGGUUCAGAACAAGAAUUCAAUUUGAAGGAAAUUAUCGUCAUUUGGCAUUCUUAGAGAGUUGGACCAUGGUGUCAAAGUUUGAAAAAGCGCGAAGUCUUUUAAUAGUAACAAAGAGAACAUAAUGUGACAAUGCCCCACUAUCACCUUUUGGUGAGAGAGGACAGGAAGAAGAGAGAGCUUGAAUAUGGAAAUGGGAAUUUUCCUAACCUGAAUACGUUUUUUUUGUAGGUUUUACCUGGAAACUGCGAUAAUUUUACACCUGUGGUGAACAAAUUAAUCCGUCCAAUUCAAGCUAGGUUUGUGCGAUUUUACCCUAGAACAUUCAACAAUAUAUGCAUGAGAGUGGAAGUAUACGGCUGCAGUAGGAAUAAAGGUAAGGCCUACGAUCUUGUAGUUAAGGUGCUGUAUCAUUCUGCUUAGCCUCUGUGACCUUAUUUUUUGGAUUCAUUCUGGACUAUGUUGUUACUGACGUUUUGUCCUCUGCGGAGUUUUAGCUAAUUAUAAUAUUUCAUUCCAAGGUAAAACGGUGAAAAACUAAUUGCGCUGGUCAACUGUUUAAUAAUCCCCGCUUUUUGUGCUUUCGAAAUAUUACGCGUUGUCUCGCGUGUUGCAAAAAGACAGAUGCACUUGAAUGGAUUUUCUUUUUCUGACUUGUUCAUAAACAAUCCUAUGAUGGUUUACUAUAUUUUACAAUCUAAAACAUCAAAACUAUCACUUUGUUUUUCUCAAUUUAUUUCGAAUUCAUAACAAUCUUUUCGAUGUGAUCCAAUUCUUUCCCUAGUCGAAAUCAUGAUUAAAAAAAACUAAAAUGAAAUAAAUUCAAAAACUGCUUCGCCAGGCACAACUAAUUUGAUUUUAUCUUGACCACAAAAAUUGAAAAUACCGUACAUGAGCAUGUAUUAUUGCUCUCUCAUCAGGUUAUGAAAAGACUAAAACACCACCGCCAAUGCUAGGGUUUCGUUAA